AUGGAUGCUGCGCUAUCGGGAGAGGAGUCCAGUGGUGGAGUAGCAGCUCAAAACCCGAGCGGGCAAGGGAACAGGUGGAGCAUAAUGAAUGCAUUCAUUUAUGACCGGAAUGCGUGGACUAGCCGUCGGGGGUCGGGCCAAAGGGAAGGAGUUGGAGUUUCGGUUUUCACUUCAAAGCUCAAUAACAUGAACCAUGCAUCCCUGCAACAAGUUCAUUGCAGAGGGCCCAGGGAGUACCGCCGAAUGUGGGAGAUAAAGGCGAGAUGGAAAAAAGUUAGAGAAGGCACCAUUGAUGGAAAAUUUAAGGAGCUAGCGAGUACUGACUCAAGACUCACUAUAGGAGGUGAAUUCUCAAAAAUGUUGGCGGAAAUAAUGCACAGCUCAAGCUUGGGUGGAAAGCUCAAGAAGGUGAUUCGAGGGCUGAUAGCUUCACUAUAG